AUGGAGGGUGGCGAUCGGCGGCGAUGGCGGUCGUGGAAGAGCCUCAAACGACGGCUUGGAUGGAACCGGAUCAUGGGUUUUUGCGGGACCUCUAACUGGGUUUUCGAUAUCGAUGCCGGAGAACGACCCUUGAUGACCUCCUCCGAUCAGUCUCCGGCGGCUUUUGAGAUGAUCAACCCACUGCCAGCAUCCUACAUUCCGACCACCACCAUGAACCUUGCAACGGCAUUGGCGGCAGACCGUUGGCAAAUAAACGUGGGACCCAGGGAUGGGACGACAAUGAAGCCAUUGAAAUCGUUGGUGAGACUGUUUGAAGGAAUUGACGGCGGAGAUGUUAAGGAAGCGGCGGACGACGACGACGACGACGACGGCAACAGCGCAGUUGGUACCCUGUGCUGCUUGUGCAUAGAGAGAAAUAAAGGGGCGGCGUUGAUCCCCUGUGGGCACACCUACUGUAGGGUGUGUUCCAGAGCGAUGUGGUCGAAGCAAGGGUCGUGUCCUCUUUGUAACCGUUCGAUUACAGAGAUCCUUGAAAUCUUUUAA